AUGUGGGAUUCUUUGAUCGUGAGCAUCAACGACAGGCAUAAGUUAGGACUGGAGGACUGUCUGGCCGUUUUUGGCCACGUCCCGAUCACCAAGGCCGUCAAGCACGUGAGACUGAAAGAGAUCGACACGCAAACGUCCACGUUCACGCUAAAGUUUCUUCACACGGACACAGGUCAGAACAUCGAGAAGAUCGUCUACUUCAUCGACAACGACUCCGGUAACGAUAUCCGCACUGCAGCGGGAAUCAAGCAGGUCUUCGACAGGAUGUUCCGCAUUGCCGCAGAGAAGAGGAACUUGUCUCCCGUUCAAAUCGACACUGUCGAGUACCCCUGCACUCUGACGGACUUGCUGAUCAUAGCGGGCGUAGCACUACCGUCGUUGUGCUACUUCUACCGGCCGGCAUUGCACGCACUAUUCUCUCUGGUGCCGAACCCAGUGGGUGCGGCCUUGGAGAAAUGGCUGGACAGCGACCGCGUGCUGCAAGUGAUCAUCCUAGCAGAGUUCCUGACUCACGCCCUGGAAACGCUCAUCUUCAUCGUCCCCAGGCUCAAGUACUACCGUGUUCCUGGCGAGUUUGUGCCCGAGUGGCUUCUUCUGGGCCUUCUAGAGGGCUACGGCCCCGCCAGGCGCCUGGAUGCUAAGGUUCGCACUUUUGGAGAAGGGUCUGCUGCUUAG